AUGGUUACGAAAAACCAAUCAAGAAUGUUGGUGAAUAAAUUAAUUUCAGAAUUUCAUUGUGAUAAUCGAAUUCAAUCAAAUCAAAUAAAUGAAAAUUGUAAUAAUCUUGAUCAUCACCAUAAUCAAUUUCCUGGAAUCACAUCUAGUUCCGGAAACAAUCAUCAACGACGACGACGACGACAAAAACGACAUAAUUCUAUUCGUAAUAAUACGGCCAUUUCAAAACCAUGGACCACAAUACCGGAUCGUGUAUAUUGUGGCAUAGUGAAAAAAUUAUCCAAUCAAACAACAUUGAAUGGUGUCGUUAGGCCAUCAUAUUAUUAUCAUCGUUUAAAUGAAAUUGUAACACCAAAACGUUAUCGAUUACGAUUACGUUUUGAUUUUGAACAGAAAAAAUUAUUCGGUCAUCUAACCAUUCAGAUACGGAUUCAUAAUAAAACCAAUCAAAUUGAAAUGAAUGGCCGUGGUUUGAAAAUUUUAAAAGCCACAUUCAGUACCGGUUCAAUUCAAAUCAAUACGAACAUGAUUUAUUAUUGUCCAACAACUGAAACGAUUGUUUUACAUUUUCCUAAACAAUUACAUCGUGGUGGUGCUAAUAUUACGAUAAAUUAUUCCGGUAAUUUGACCAAUCUAAUACGAGAACAAAUCAUUCGUCAAUCAUAUCGUGAAUAUCAACAAAUUUCUUGGAUCGAUUUUGGACCAAUUGAUGCACGCCAUAUGAUACCAUGUUGGGAUGAACCACGAUACAAAGCAACAUUUGAUCUAUAUCUAAUCAUACCGAAAAACACAAUGGCCAUAUCGAACAUGAACAUUGAUCGUCGACGUUCAUAUUCACAUUAUUUGGAUGAAAUUCAUUUCAAUACUACGCCAUUAAUAUCUACAUAUCAGAUGACCAUAAUGAUGGCACCGAAAUUUGAAAUAACAAACAGUGAAAAAAAUCAUACCAAAGUUCGUGUUCGAUUAAUCACUACGGCAACGGAUUCAAAUGAUUCCAAUCAAUGGCAAUUUGCUCUUGAAUCUACGGAACAUCUUUUAGAAUAUUUUCAAUAUUAUUAUGGCCAUAAAUAUCCAUCAGAUAAAUUGGAUCUAAUCACGUUGGAAUCAAAUCAAGGCCAACAAACAUCGAUGGAAAAAUUUGGAUUAAUCUAUUUUACUCAUCAAGAUUUAUCGAUCAAAAAUUUGACUUUGAUUGGCGAACGUGAUCUUCAAACAGUUGUUUCCAUGCUUGCUCAUUCCAUAUCACAUCAAUGGUUAGGCAAUAUGGUUACAUUCGAUGAUUGGUCUGAAUUUUGGCUAUUCGAAGGAUUGAAUCAAUUUAUGGAAAAACAAGCUAUGGAUGAUGUAUUUCCACAAUGGCGUUCAUGGCAACAAUAUACAGCUGAUGAAAUGAGUUUAGCAUUACGAUUGGAUUCAAGUUUGAAUGCUGAAUCUAUUCAAAACAGUAUCCGUAAUCCAAUCGAAGUAUCAAUGAUGUAUCCACAAGGUGUCAAUAUUUAUCGUAAAACAACAUUCCUGUUACGAAUGUUGAAACAAAAUCUGGAUCAUGAUAUAUUUAGGUUGGCGUUACAAAAAUUUAUAAAUAAAUAUUGGACAAAAACCGGUAGCCUAAAAGAUUUACCAGAAUGUUUCUUGAUGGCUAUCGAUGGAAUUGAUCAAAAAGAUGAGAAAAAAUAUCACCAAUAUCGACAAUUUCAAAAACAAAUUGUUCGAAUAUUUUCCAAUUGGACUGAAAUGGCUGGUUUUCCUGUGUUGCAUGUUGAUGAACAACGACAAAAUGGCAACACAAGAAUAUUACUCAUCCAUCAGGAGAGAUUUGUUGAGCUUCGUCAAAAUUUGUCAACAACAAAAGUUGUUUGGCAGCAAAAAUCAUUAUGGCCAAUACCGAUUAGUAUUGUUAAAUCAUUUAAUCCGUUUACACCGACAAAUCAGGCUUUAAUCGAAAAUGAACGUGUUGAAUUACGUAUACCGGGCAUUUGGUCAGGUGAAUGGAUCAAAUUGAAUCCGGUAUUCAGUAAUUUUUAUCGUAUACAUUAUUCCGAUGAAAUGCUCAAUCGUUUUAUUGUGCCGAUUGAAGAGAAACUAUUGCCACCAUUAGAUCGUUUGAAUUUGAUUGAUGAUGUAUUUGCUAUGAUUCGUGCUGGUUAUACAUCCACUGUAACUGGUUUGAAAUUAUUACAAUCAUUCGAAAAUGAAGAUAAUCCAAAUAUUUGGUCAGUAAUCAUCACAAUGUUGACCGAUUUACAUUUAAUUAUUUCAAAUAUCGAAUCCGAUCAUUAUAGACAAUCGAUACAAUCAAAUUUUGAAUAUUAUGCUCAACGUUUAUUGAAACGUAUGUAUCAUCGUUAUAAUAAUAAUUGGUAUUCAUCGGUCAAUCAAAGACCAGUUGGAUAUCGAAUGAAAAUCAAUCAAUUUGCACGAAAUCAAUUACGUACACGAAUAUUAUGUGCAAUGGGACAAUUUGGUUAUGAAAACUUUCACCAUGAAGCAAGAAUUAAAUAUGAAUCUUAUAUGGAAAAUAAAAUCAGAUCAGAUUUACCAUUGGAAAUACUUGAAUGCGUAUUUCGUUCAUUCAAUUCAUUUCGGUUAUCGAUCGAUGGCGCUAGAGCAGCAAAAACAAUGACAUCAAAAUUACAAUUUGAAGACUUAUUCAAGCAUUACAAUGAAUAUGAUAAUGAAACUAAACAGCCUGAAGCUAAACAUUUAUUAUCAAUUGCAUUAGGUUCGACCAAUCGAUUUGAAGAAAUUCGUCAAGUAAUUCAAUUUGCCCUAAAGUCGUCCAAUGAUGAUGAUGAUGAUGAUGAUGUCAAUGAUUAUGAUUCACGAUUGAUGUUGAUUGAAUUGGCACGCCAUUCUCAUAUUGGUAGACAACAAGUAUUGGAAACAAUCAUAAUGGACAAUCAUUAUUUGGAUUUUAUUACCAACAAAUUUCAAACACUGAAUCAACUUUAUGAAUUUUUUCGAGAUCUAAUCGAAACAUUUACGAUACGAUCAGAAUUACAACCAUUGGAACAAUUAAUGGCAAAUCAUACACGAUUAUUUGAUCCAAUCAAACAAACGUUGAAAUUAUCAUUGGAAAAGGUACAAAUUAUGGAACAAUGGUAUCGAAAUGAUAUUGAUUCUAUAAGAAUAUUUCUUGAACAAAUGGCCAAAAAAUCUUCACGUCACGAUACAAAUGGUGAUGAUAACGACCACAAUAACAAUAAUAAUCAUGCCAUGUCAAUGGACAAUAUUCAUCAACCAUCAAUGAUUGAUUUUUCAGAUUUAUCAAAUGUAAAUCAUAAUGAUAAUAUUGAUAUUGAUAUUGGUUUCGAAUGGACUUUUGAAUUCAUAUUUUAA